AUGGAACCAAGGCUUGCGACUCCGCUUAGAGAUCUUAGAGGGAAUGAGCUGCAUUUAGAGGCGGCGAAGACCUUCAGGCCAUCGAGUUUGUGUCCCCAUUGGCCUCCAAGGUCUGAUCUGAAUCUGAUUUCUUUUGCUGGUUGGGCAGCAUGGCGUUACAGGGCUCGGCAAAAGCAGCGACCUUCCGUGACAAGGUGGAACCCAGCAAUGGCUGCAUCAAUGCCAGUCAAGCAGCCCAAAGCAAGCAUAGGUGCACGCAUCUUCGGCUUGUUCUCCUGUACGAAGCGUGCUCUUCAGCUGGUUUGGCUGACCAGUCGUCCCUUGACCUUUGGCUUAGCCUUCCUGACCCUGAUCAUGGGAGCCUUGCCGGGGCUGCGGGCUGCCACAACGAAGCGCGUCAUCGACGCCGUGGUGGCAAACAUCCCUUCGGGCAGCUCUUCCAGCGUGUUGUUCUGGCUCUCGGUGGAGGCGCUGUUGGUGGUGUCCUUGGCUGCAACUCGGCGAGCUCAGGAAGUGGCGGAGUCUUUUCUGGGCACUCUUUUGGGAAACCGUGUUAAUGUCAUGAUACUGGAGAAAGCACUGGAGCUUCAGCUGACGGAUUUUGAAGACUCUGCGCUCUAUGACAAGCUUACGCGGGCUCGCAGAGAGGCGAGCCGUCGCCCAUUGUCUUUGGCACAGCAGUCUUUGAGUCUUAUCCGCAACAGCUUGGCGCUGGUCGGGUACGGCACGUUACUACUGCGAUUCUCUCCUGCCGCUGUGGCCGUGCUGCUUGUGACGGCCGUACCUCCAUUCAUUGCGGGGGUGAAGUUUGCUGGUGAUGCUUUUCAGCUGGCACGCCGGCAAACUGCUGGAUUCAGAGAGCAGAUAUACUUGGAGCGAGUCAUGGCCAUGGAUACGCCGGCAAAGGAAGUGAAGCUCUUUGGACUCGGCCCAUGGCUCUUGAAACGCUACCGGGAGAUUUUCGACGGCUUCUUCCGGGAUACUUCUUCCCUCGCUCUUCGCCAGGGCUGCUUUGGCUUUGUGCUUGAGCUGAUCAGCACGGCGGGCUUGUACAUGGCCUUUGCAUGGGUUGCUGUUGCAGCAGUUAGGCAAAGCAUCAGCCUUGGAGACAUGACCAUGUAUUUGUUGAUCUUCAAGGAGGGCCAACAGGCUUUCUCGGCCAUUCUGCGAGCCAUAGGAGGCAUGUAUGCGGACAAUUUGUAUUUGUCCAACCUCUAUGAGUUCUUGGACUACAAGGUCAAAAAAAGUGGAGGUACACAGGAGACCGGCACAAAUCCUGGAGAUGGUAUCCGCUUUGAGGAUGUUUGGUUUCGAUACCCCGGUUCUACGGAAGAUACCAUUAAGGGGGUCACGUGUCACAUCCCACCUGGAACCCGCUUUGCUCUUGUUGGGAGCAAUGGAGCAGGAAAAACCACGCUGAUCAAGCUUCUUACAGGCUUGUACCAACCGAGCAAGGGCAGGAUCUUGCUUGACGGGCUGGACUUGGCGGAGUGGGCUCCAGAUGCAUUGAAGAAAAGGAUCGGUGCAAUCUUUCAAGACUUCAUCCGCUAUGAACUCACGGUUGGAGCAAACGUCGGUGUGGGGGACAUCGAUGCAAUCAACGAGGAGCCCCGCAUUGCCCGUGCGGCGGACCGUGGGAUGGCAGCGCCUUUCAUCGAGGAGUGGCCACAACAAUAUCAGACGCAACUCGGCAAUUUAUUCAUGCGUGGCCGUGAGCUCAGUGGCGGGCAAUGGCAGAAAGUGGCCUUGAGCCGAGCACUCAUGCGAGAGAAGGCUGAUCUACUCAUCCUUGAUGAGCCGACAGCAGCGAUGGACGCCGAAGCAGAAGCUGCGAUCUUUGAGCGCCUGGCAUCGCUUUCAGCCGAUCAGAGUGCCCUGCUCAUCAGCCAUCGAUUUUCGACAGUUAGGAUGGCUGACACCAUUGCAGUGUUGAAUCAGGGCGUGAUCGAGGAGUGUGGCAGUCAUGAAGACCUCUUGGAGCUGGGAGGCACUUACGCGCGACUCUUCAACUUGCAGGCCAAAGGACUUUGGCUUCAUGAGCAGGCAAUCGAUGUUACCUUUCUCACCUUUCGAAAAGAUUUCGAAGGGGAUACCUUGGAGGAGCUGGAGCAGUGUGGCCCAGAGGCUGCGGCAUUGGACCCGUUCGAGGUGGUAAAGCUGGAGGCAUUGGAGCAGUCGACUGAGCCAUUGCGGUCUUCUUUGCAGCCGCUGGUGAACAUGGUGAUGGAGGCGUCGGGUGCUUCGGUUGCCUCGAAGCGCGAGGCAUUGGAGGCCAGUCUUUUGAGGUCUUUGUGGGGCAACCAGGCGGACCUCUCCCUGAGCGCCGGCGAGGUCACGUCGGUCAGCGGAGGCCAAUUAGAGAAUCUGGUGUCCGAUCAUCGCUCCGAAGCCAUGGACCUGCUUUUCAAUUCUGAGAAAGUGGUGGUUGUAAUGGACAAUGACGGUUUGGAAGUGCUCUGUGACCUGGUGCUCGUUGAUGCGAUCCUUUCUUUGACCGACGCUUCGGUGUCGCUGCAUGUAAAGGAUGCACCCGUUUUCGUGUCGGACGUGACCGAGAAAGACAUUCCCAAAGUGCUUAGUUGGCUUGAACCUCGAAUGCCAGAGUUGGCUCAGCGCUUGAAUGAGCACUUGGAAUCCGGACGGUUGAAAGUCCAAGCGUAUAGCUACUAUACCACUGCCAGGUGUUUCUGGGAGAUACCUUCCGAGCUGCAGUCGGAUUUUUUGCACGCAGCCGUCCUUCUCAAAGGAGAUGCCAACUUCCGACGACUGUUAGGUGAUCUUCACUGGCCGUACGACACUGACUUCGAGGAGUAUGCCAGGAGCUUUUGGCAAGGAGCGGGUCUGAUUUGCCUCCGGACGAUGAAAAGUGGUGUUGCCAUCGGCAUUUCAAAGAGCGAGCAGCGACGGGCACAGCAAGCACGAGAAAAUGAUUGGUUGACGUCCGGGGCUUUCGGGCAGGUGCUGGCAUUCCGCAGAUGA